AUGUGUCCCUGCGAGCCCUUCACAGAUGAGGAUUCCUCCCUCACGCCCCAGGCAGCCAGGAUGGAUUUUUUUUUUUUACGCAAAAUUGAUAUUCUGAUUGGACACACCACCAGCAGGCCUAACACCCCUCUUAUUUUGACUGCAGUCCUUCUUGGACUCGUCCUGACUCCAGCCCUUGCUAAUUAUUCUCAGCAGUCGGAUAACAACUGCCAGGUCUCUGUUGGUGGAGUUUUCCAAAAUCUGACUCUCAGUAGUCUGACACGUGUGGUGGUUAUUGAACAAAGGAGUGAGCAAUUCUCAUGGAAAACCAUCUGGAACUACAACACGGGUGUCAUUGCAACCAAAUUGGUGCAACAGAACACCUGCUACAUUUCUGUCAUGAACAGAAAUGAGAUGCCCAGCUUUGAGAAUCUGGCCCACCUGGCUUCACAGAACGGGAACCAGGUUGGCCUUGGAAGACCUACCAAGAAGAUCACCUUUGUCACCAAUGGACUGGUCAACAACCUCUACUCCUAUGGAACAGAGAUCACAGCUAUGUGCAGUGGACUCACCACCUACAUGGCUACUGAAGUUCACACUUCUCAAGGACACCAGGUGAAUCUGGGAUCAUGCAUUACCCUUGAAGUCCUGAGAAUUGUGGAGCUGAAGUACUGCAAUGGCAAUGGCAAUGGCAAUUGGAAUGGCAAUUUCCCGACUCAGCAGAUUCCUGGGGACAUCUUCAACAACAACACGCAAGGCGGCAUCUUCAAUCACACUCAAGUCAUCAUUGGGGGCCAGUCCCAAAUUGUGACCAUCAACAGGCAAUGGCAUGUGGCCAUCAUUGAGCAAAAGACCUUCAGCGGGUCCUGGAAAACCAUCUGGAACUACAACACGGGUGUGAUUGCAACCAAAGUCACUCAACAGAACAUCUGCUACAUUUCCAUCAUGAACAGAAAUGAGAUGCCCAGCUUCAAUAAUCUGGCCCGCCUGGCAGAAGAGAGCAGGAAUCAGAUCGGUUUUGGAAGACCUACCAAGAAGAUCACCUUUGUCGCCAAUGGAUUGGUCAGCAACCUCAGGUCUUAUGGGUCAGAUGUCUUCUCCAUGUGCAGUGGACUCACCACCUACAUGGCUUAUGAAGUUCAUGGAGUCCAAGUCAAUCUGGGAUCAUGCAUUACCCUCGAUGUCCUGGGUGUUGUGGAUCUGAAGUACUGCACUGGAAAUGGCAAUGGACAAUCUCAGCAGAUUCCUGGGGACAUCUUCAACAACAACACGCAAGGCGGCAUCUUCAACCACACACAAGUCAUCAUUGGGGGCCAGUCCCAAAUUGUGACCAUCAACAGGCAAUGGCAUGUGGCCAUCAUUGAGCAAAAGACCUUCAGUGGGUCCUGGAAAACCAUCUGGAACUACAACACGGGUGUGAUUGCAACCAAAGUCACUCAACAGAACACCUGCUACAUUUCCAUCAUGAACAGAAAUGAGAUGCCCAGCUUCAAUAAUCUGGCCCGCCUGGCAGAAGAGAGCAGGAACCAGUUUGGUCAUGGAAGACCUACCAAGAAGAUCACCUUUGUUGCCAAUGGAUUGGUCAGCAACCUCAGGUCUUAUGGGUCAGAUGUCUUCUCCAUGUGCAGCGGACUCAACACCUACCUGGCUUAUGAAGUUCAUGGAGUCCAAGUCAAUCUGGGAUCAUGCAUUACCCUCGAUGUCCUGGGUGUUGUGGAUCUGAAGUACUGCACUGGCAAUGGCAAUGGACAAUCUCAGCAGAUUCCUGGGGACAUCUUCAACAACAACACGCAAGGCGGCAUCUUCAACCACACACAAGUCAUCAUUGGGGGCCAGUCCCAAAUUGUGACCAUCAACAGGCAAUGGCAUGUGGCCAUCAUUGAGCAAAAGACCUUCAGUGGGUCCUGGAAAACCAUCUGGAACUACAACACGGGUGUGAUUGCAACCAAAGUCACUCAACAGAACACCUGCUACAUUUCCAUCAUGAACAGAAAUGAGAUGCCCAGCUUCAAUAAUCUGGCCCGCCUGGCAGAAGAGAGCAGGAACCAGUUUGGUCAUGGAAGACCUACCAAGAAGAUCACCUUUGUCGCCAAUGGAUUGGUCAGCAACCUCAGGUCUUAUGGGUCAGAUGUCUUCUCCAUGUGCAGUGGACUCACCACCUACAUGGCUUAUGAAGUUCAUGGAGUCCAAGUCAAUCUGGGAUCAUGCAUUACCCUCGAUGUCCUGAGAGUCGUGGAUCUGAAGUACUGCACUGGCAAUGGCAAUGGACAAUCUCAGCAGAUUCCUGGUGGUGAUGGCAACACACAAGUCAUCAUUGGGGGCCCGUCCCAAAUUGUGACCAUCUACAGGCAAUGGCGUGUGGCCGUCAUUGAGAAAAAGGCUGGCAUUGGGUCCUGGAAAACCAUCUGGAACUACAACACGGGUGUCAUUGCAACCAAAGUCACUCAACAGAACGCCUGCUACAUUUCCAUCAUGAACAAAAAUGAGAUGCCCAGCUUCAAUAAUCUGGCUCACCUGGCACAAGAGAGCAAGAACCAGUUUGGUCAUGGAAGACCUACCAAGAAGAUCACCUUUGUCGCCAAUGGAUUGGUCAGCAACCUCAGGUCUUAUGGGUCAGAUGUCUUCUCCAUGUGCAGUGGACUCACCACCUACAUGGCUUAUGAAGUUCAUGGAGUCCAAGUCAAUCUGGGAUCAUGCAUUACCCUCGAUGUCCUGAGAGUCGUGGAUCUGAAGUACUGCAAUGGCAAUGGACAAGUGAGAAAAUCUUACCCUUACCUUACUUGA